AUGAACAGAUUAAUUAAAUCUGCUUUAAUAUUGCUUUUGCUAGCCAUUCUGAUAGAAUUUCUAAUCUUAAAAAGCCCAGAAGACCCGAGAAGACAAGACAUUUCGUAAGGCUAACUCAGACCACAAGAGAAAAUUAAAAGUGUAAAGGGCAAUAUCUUAGAUGAUGAAGGAAAACUCAUUUAUUCUGGAUUUCUUACAAAGCCAGGCAUCCAAUGGGAUUUCGAUGCUUUGAAAUCAAAGUGGAACAAACGCUACCGAUUCAAAGAAUGGGAAUUCUACGCCAUUCACCACGAAAAUGUAACCAUUUCUUUUGGGAUUGCCAAUUUCCAUUAUGUAGCAAGCGUGUUUUUCACUGUAUACGAAAAAGGUUCAAUUCCCCAAUACCAUCAAAAACUGAUUCUACCUAAUGAGGAACUUACUUUGGCGAAGCAUCCUCUUAAUGGGAAAACAAUAUAUGAAUCGGGUAAUUAUAAAGUGGAUUUUAAAAACCGCGAUAACAAAUUUAAGCACCUCGAACUGAAAUUCGAUGAUAAGCUAGAGCUCUCAUUGGAUGUUUUUAAAAAGACUGAUGAUUCUAUGGCAUCUUUGACUCCUUUUAAUAGUGAUGGGUCAAACUUCUACUACACAUAUAAAGAUUAUAAUAAUUAUAUCAGUGGUAAAGUUACUGCCUUUGGAAAAGUUUAUGAUUUUUCUGAUAGAAUUGGAAUGAUUGACUGGGGAAGAGGAGUCUGGCCUUAUCAUAGCUUUUGGAUUUGGGGAUCUGGCCAAGGGAAAAUAGGUCCAAACUCAGCUAUUGGUUUAAACAUUGGAGAAUUUAUGUUUUCACCAAUUUCCAAGGCCACAGAAGACUGCGUAUUUUUAGAUCGCACUAUGUACAAGCUUGGCAACUUCAUUACUUCGUAUCCAAAAGAUCUUUCGCAACCUUGGGAAUUUAAAACCACAAAUCAACAUCCCACAGAUGAAUAUGGAUCGGCCAGCAUCAUUUUUUAUCCUGAAAUAAAAAGUAUAUUUGCCUCCAACUUUUGGCUGAUCCAGUCUCAUUUCGAUCAAGCAUUCGGGGUAUUCGAAGGGAAUAUCACAACUCGGGACGGAGAAAUUUCAUUCAAGGCUCGAGGGCUAGUAGAGGUCCAUCAUACUAGAUGGUAA